GGCAAGUUAAGGCCAGGCCUGGAGCCGCCUGGCGGCGGUAACGCGUCGGUCAACAACGACCCACCGACCACUACACCUAAUUGACAGAUGUAUGGUCCUCAAGCUGAAGGAUCACACUUGUCAAGACUCUGGCACCAACAUUGACCUAUUUUCAGUAGUCAGAAUAAAAACAAAUGCUGUAUACAGUAUCUCCAGACUACUUCAAAAUGCCAAGAAUAUAUGCCAAACAUACUAUGCUACCUUUCAUAUAAAUAUCAGACCUUAAAGGUCAGUGUUAUUUCAAGGAAUGAGCCACAGAACAUGGGGUGUCUGGUUACUGGUGUCUAGAUGCAAGGGAAUGGAUGAAAAAAAAUAUGAAAAUACUAGAGUACUGACAUCCUGUUAUCUCCAGUAAUAUCAGGACUCGAUGCUCGGUGAUUCCCAGAAAAUUAGUCACUGAUCAUUUGGGUACCUGGUGAAAAUGUCCAACACGACUGAGAUGCCAGUGUCCAGACACCCACAGAGCUUGUCAUCCAGGAACUAGAAAAGCUAGCUUCCUUUACUAAGGUGAGGCAGCAUUGUGAGUAAGCUCAGGAAGCCACCGAGGGGUUCAUUUCAGAAAUCAAGUGUUAAUGUCAAGAAAUAUAAUUUCUAGUGGAUCUCCUACCCCAGCCUAUCCCACCUUUCCCAUGGAAUCCAUGGGAUUGGCAUGGGUACCUUGAGAGUUGGCUGGAAUCUUUGGCAACCCAAGCUGCCAUUUGGCAGUGAGCAGGUUGUUUAGUUCUUGGUAUGAAUUAAGUAUGUCUGUGUUCAUAGCAGGGGAAGAAGCAGACAACCCCCAACAGACACGAUGCCGUAAGAAGUACGAGACAAAGUACAGUGUUAAAUAUGAAAGCGAAUAUGAAUGGGUUGGGCCAUCAUCAAAGGGCGAGACGUAUGCUCUGUGCCGCUGGUGCAUGGUAGACAUCUGCAUUAAGUCAGUUGGUGGUAAAGGCCUUCGUGAUCAUGAGAUUACUGGACGCCAUAAACAGAAGGCUAAUGAUCGUCCACUUCCACCACCUCCUCCUCAGCUUAAUAAUGCUGUAUAUCCUGUGUUGGAGGUUGAGGCAGGCGUUGAACAACAUGGAGGAGAACUCCUUGGCUCACCCCGUCCUGCAACACCACAGACUCCAAACACUCCUCUAAGCACUCACAGGGAUGACUUGCCCCAUCCUCAAACACCAUUACUUGACUUUGGAACUCAGCUUCCAACGACCACUUCACAGUCAUCAGCUUCCAAGUCGACUGGGCCUCCUGCCCGUACUGCCAUAGUUCAGCCAAAGGUUGGAGAGUCGUUGGUUAUUGAAUAUGAUGACCCUAAUAAAUGUAACACAACGUUGCCACCAGCAUCAAAAUCAACAAAUGGACCAACUGUAUCAAUAAAGAGAGAAACAGAAGAGAAUGUAACUGUGACCACAGAUGACCUGACAUGUAAUGUGUGCGGCCAAGAGUAUGCACAGUGGACACAACUCAAAAAGCACCUUGUGGAUCAUAUUCUUAUGGCACAAAAUUCUGCCGAUCCUAAAACUAAGGUGAAUACACGAGGGAGAGGUAGAACCCCAAGCAGCAAGAAUUCUGGUCGACCACCUCGAGCAGUCAAGGCCAUGGCACUGAACCAACAAAAACCUGUGGCUGACCCAGACGAAUCAUCAAAAACAAAGCGACGUGGACGGCCUCCUGGUAGCCGCAACAAAAGUCGUACCACUUCAUCAAACCCACAGGUAAAUCAUCCAUUACCAAGAAGAACUGUCCGUCAACGCACAGUACAAAGGGUCAGCACAGUCCAGGAGGAUGCUGUAGAUGAUCCUCUCUGUGUAGAAUCUGAUGCUUGUGAGAUGACUGUCAAUGAUAGUCAUAUAACAGUUAAGGAACAUAAAGAAGAAGAAGAAUUAGAAGAGGAAGAGGCAAGUGAAGAAGAAGCAAAUGACAUCCCUGGUUGUGAAGAUGAAGCAGAUGGGUCUGGAAAGAGGAAACCUGGUCCACUUCAGUGUCGUGUUUGUCGUGUUGUGUUCUACAAUAGAGGUGAAUUGAGAGAGCAUCAGCGAUCAGAGCAUAAUAAUGGGCGGCCAUACCAAUGCAGCCACUGCCAAAAAUUCUUCACAACCAAAAAUCACAUGGAGGUUCAUGUACGGCAUAAGCACACUUCGGGGCCAAAUCCUUGUCAGUGUGCAAUGUGUGGCAAGGUCCUCUCUUCCCGAACCAACCUAAGAAUACACAUGCGAAUACAUAAAGGAGAACGUCCAUUUGAAUGUCCUGUGUGUCAUAAAGCAUUUAGUCGAAAAGCCAACAUGGAAAUGCAUCUUGUUUACCACACUGGAGAACGGCGCUUUACCUGUGAAAUUUGUGGUCAGUCAUUUUUUGCAAUCAAUGCUCUCAAAAGGCACACAAAGUUACACACAGGUGAACGGGAUUAUGCUUGUGAGAUCUGUGGAGCUACUUAUGUGACGGGAACUGAUUUGCGGCGUCAUAGAUUGAAACACGAUGAAGUUAAGCCAUUUCCCUGCCAGCUUUGUGAAAAACAGUUUACACGCUCCCAUGACCUUAAAGUACAUGUGAGGUACCACAACAAAGAACUUCGUUAUACCUGUGAUGUCUGCAAUAAGCAGUUUGUGGAAUCUGGUAACUACAAGCGCCAUAUGAGGCGACACACUGGAGAGAGGCCUUACACAUGUGGUAUCUGUCUUCUUACAUUUUCACAGGUUCAUCAUUUGAAAACCCAUUUGCGUACAAACCACAGUGAAGAGGCAAGUGCUAGUGAAGAAAGUUCCCAGGGAGCUACUAGUGGGCGUGGAAGACUGCCACCACACCGUAACCCUAGGAUACCAUGCAGGCACAUUCCAAAACCUCCUCAAAUGCAACAACCACCUAUUCAUCCCAGCCACGGUCACCCUCAUCCUCAUUCCCAUCUGACACCCCACCCUCAUGGAGUCGGAAGUGGUGGCACUGGGGUAGCUGUACACUCUGGUCAGCCAAUAUCUCCUCCCAUGGCUCAUUCUGGCACUGUACCUGGGAGUGUAGCAUCUACACACACCACCCAGAUCCCUGCUUCAGGUGGAGUGAACCAUCCAGCAGCAAUGUCGGGCUUCCUUCAUGGGUACAACUCUCACAUAUACAACCACAGUGUGAUGCCACAUUAUCCUGCACUCUUUGAUAUGUGUCCACCACAGAACUGUGUUAAUCAUCUUCCAACACAUUAAACCAAAUUUGUAUAAUGGUUUGUACAAUUACAAUACUGUAAUUUAUAAUUUUUUAAUAAUUUUUAAAUUAUCCAGGUUAAUACAUCACUUAUUAUUUAUUUUAAUAAUUUUUCCCAAUACAGUAUUACUAACAAUCCUGAAUUAUUUCAUAUGUAGUAUUCUUACUUUUCAUUAAUCAUUAUUUGUAAUAUGGAAAAAUAUGCCUCUAACUUUAGCGACAUCCCAGAUAUUUGAGUGUUCUUUUGGAAAUUGGAUGUGCAAUUUUGUUUGGCUUUGGUUAUGAACACUUUCACUACCUGAUGACGUUGUCGUUGAAAGUACAGGUACAGAAAAGUGAGAAUUAUAUGCUCUUUUAUGCAAAUAUCCCUUUACAGUAUUUUAUUGUUAACAAUUUGAUACCAAAUUGAAUGAUAUAGAACAAAAAUUGAAGUGAGAAAGCUGAAAAUGGUAUAAACAUUGGAAUGGUGAGCUCUCGGGCAAUGUUCAGCCUACCUUGCAGUGCAUGGCGGGUCUAAAGUAUAGGAAAGAGAGACAUAUGUUCUUACAUGCAAAUCUUCCUUUACAUCAUUCCAUUGCAAACAAUUUGAUACCAAAUUGAACGACAUAGCAUGGAAAUUUAGCUCAGAAAAUUGAAAAGAAGAGUAUAACCAUUUUUGUGUGGUUGCGAGCUCUAGGCAUACCUUACAGUGUGCGGCAGGUCUAAAGUAUAAGAAAGCGAGACAUAUGUUUUUAUAUGCACAUAUUCCUUUAGUAGAUUCUAUUGCGAACAAUUUGAUACUAAAUUGAACGAGGUAGUACAAAAAUUGAGGUCAGAAAGCUGUAAAAGAGUUAUAAACAUUUUUGCAUAGUGAUGAGUUCUUGGCCUAACAUGCAGUGCGUGGCGGGUCUAAAGUAUAGAAAACUGAUAUUUAUAAGUUCUUGCCGAUGCAUGGAUACUUGCCAGUUACCGGCUUGGUACCUUCUUUUGAUAAUUACUUACUUACUUGCCAGAGUUACCAUAACAAUCCUAUUACUGUGACCCUAUGAAUUUCUAUAAAAUGUCCUGUAUUUUAAGAUGAAGUAAGUAAGUAAUUAUCAAAAGAAGGCACCAAACCGGGAAGACUAUGUAGCACCAUCAAAUGUGCGGGAUAAUCAGAGUGCGCUAAAUAUCACCAAGGAUGCCAAUACGAGAACAGAAA